AAAUCAAAGCUAUAGCUGGAUGUUCUGGAAAUCCCGAAGGCACAUCGUUACCCUUAUGGGACUCUGGGGCUUCUUCAAUCUCUACACAGUGCGGGGAAAUUUUAGUGUUGCGAUCGUGGCCAUGACUAAAGUCGUAAAUGUAACACUGGAAAAUGGAACAGUUUUUCAGCAGCAGGAAUUUGAAUGGGAUUCCAGGCAGAAAGGAAUGGCCCUAGGAUCCUUUUUCUACGGCUACAUUUGUACGCAGAUGAUCGGAGGACUUUUGGCUGCACGUUUUGGCGGGAAUAUUGUAUUUGGUAUUGGAAUUGGGACGAGUAUUAUCCUUUCUCUUGUAUCACUGGGUGCAGCAAAGCUCGGUAUUUAUCCUUUGGUCGUAGUGAGAACUUUAAUGGGGCUGUUUCAGGGUGUAUCCUUUCCAAGUAUUCAGGAAGUUUAUUCAAAUUGGGCACCUGAGUAUGAAAAGACCAGAAUGGCAGGGAUUGUACAAAAUGGAAGUCAAAUUGGAGCCUUCACCUCAUUCCUCCUAUCUGGAGUCUUGGUUGAAUAUUUCGGCUGGGAAAGUGUCUUCUACUUCUUUGGCGGUAUUGGUUGUCUGUGGUUUCUCCUCUGGAUGAUCUACAUUAAGAGAGAUCCUGCAAGUGAUCCUCGUAUUUCAAGGAAAGAGAGGGAUUUCAUUGAGUCAAAUCGGAAAAAGGAAAAUCAUAAAAAGUACGCAAAAGUUCCAUGGAAGCUUUUUCUAACGUCCAAAGCCGUUUGGGCUCAAACAGUGUGCAGCUCAUGUGAUGCCUUCACAACGUUUACCUACCUCACACAAAUUCCAUCCUAUCUAAAUGACGUACUAGGGUUCAAUAUGGGUGCUACAGGCUUCUUUUCAGCAGCUCCCUUUCUGAUGUUCAUCCUCCUAACACCUGUUGCUAGUACUUUGAGCGAUUUCUUGCUCUCUUCAAAGCUUCUAUCAACUGUAAACGUGAGGAAGUUGUUUAUAGUUUGUGGAAUGCUCAUGGGUACAAUCUGCCUUAUUAUCAUGUCAAAUGCAACUGAUAUGAUGACAAUCUGGGUAUGUCUCAUCGUUGCAGUUGGGACAACAUCACUAACAAAAUGCGCGUAUUUCACAAAUCCUUUGGACAUUGCACCAGCUUAUGCAUCGGUUGUAAUGGGAUUCUCCAAUACAAUCGCCACGAUUCCUGGUGUAGUUGCACCAACACUGGCUGGUUUUAUCGUUCGCAAUGGGACUCGUGAAGAAUGGCGGAUAGUCUUCUACAUAGCUGCUGGAUUAACUUUAUUCGGAAUGGCAUAUUUUGUACUCUUCGGUCAAGGUGAAGUUCAGGAAUGGGCAAAGAGGGAGCAGAAGAAACUGGAAAAUGCAACCGAGCCGUUGCAAUUACAACAGCAGCUGGAAGAUGAAAAACUAACUUAAGAAAUUGCCUAUUUAAAUCCAAGAAAAAAUAAUAAAAUAAAGG